AUGCCACUCAACCUCCAUGUGAGGAUUGCAAUAUCCGAGAAACUCUUGGGAACUGAAGAGCUUCACUCUUUCCAAACCUUCGCCAUCAUCACCAAUAAGACCAGAUGGGAAAAGUACACUCAAUUUGAGGCCGGCGCGAAACUCGAAGUGAAGAUAAGCAUCCAGGGCAACGCGGCACACACAGCAAUAACAGCGGGACCCAGACGCAGGCAGCCAACCAAUCAGAAAACGCAGACGGGCCCAAUCGCAGAGCUUGGACCAAUGGGGGAAGGGUGA